AUGACCGUGGACAUGGAAAAAUGCAAACGCAUAGUCCAAUACUUCUGGGACCCAGAACCCAGAAAUGAUGAACCUGCUACAGUGAUAUGGUGUCUGGGUCAACAAUAUGCAACCAGGGAGACCCAAAGUGACUCCAACGAAUCGCACGGUUCUUCAAAGCAUACCGAUUCUAGUAUACUGAAUGAUACAUGGCCAAAAGAUUUUAUCUCGGAUUUCGGAUCUCGAGUCUGGAUUACCUACCGAUCUAACUUCACACCGAUUCCACGAACCAAAACCCGGGAAGCAACCUCCUCAAUGACCCUAGGGGUACGAUUGAGAAGUCAGCUGAUGGACCCUCAGGGCUUCACAUCGGAUACAGGGUGGGGUUGCAUGAUUAGAUCCGGGCAAAGCCUACUUGCAAACACACUGUCAGUCCUAUUGCUGGGUAGAGAUUGGCGCCGUGGAGAAAAAGUGGAGGAGGAGUCCAUGCUGCUAUCGAUGUUCGCCGAUCACCCGGAUGCUCCAUUUUCUAUACAUCGCUUUGUCAAUCGCGGGGCAGAAUCAUGCGGAAAAUAUCCAGGAGAAUGGUUCGGCCCAUCGGCAACUGCCAAGUGCAUCCAGCUACUCUCCACCCAACAUGAGUCUCCCAGUAUCAAAGUCUACGUGACCGACACAUCAGAUGUCUACGAAGACAAAUUUACACAAGUGGCUCGUGACCAGUCAGGCAAAAUACAGCCAACAUUGAUCCUGAUUGGAACUAGACUGGGGAUUGACCAUAUCACUCCAGUAUACUGGGAUGGACUACGAGCUGCACUUGAAUAUCCCCAGUCCGUUGGCAUUGCGGGCGGGCGUCCAUCCGCAUCACAUUAUUUCCUCGGGGUUCAAGAUUCCUAUGUAUUUUUCCUCGAUCCCCACACCACUCGACCCACGACAGCAUAUCGACCAGAGGAGCUGUACACCCAAGAAGAACUGGAUAGCUACUAUACCACCCGACUACGGAGAAUUCAUAUCAAGGACAUGGACCCUAGCAUGCUGAUCGGGUUUUUGAUCAAGAACGACGAUGACUGGGCUGACUGGAAGAGUCGAGUUCAGUCGUCAGCUGGUAAGCCCAUUGUGCACAUCUUUCCCGGACAGAAACCAGAACACGGUGAAGCUCGAGCAGAAGCAGUUAAUGAAGUAGAAGUAUUGGAUGAUUCGGAUGGAUUGGAGUAG